AUGAGCCAGAAGGCCGCCAGCAUGCCGGCCGAGCCGGAGGAAGAGCAGGUGUUGGGGUUGAUGGAGUUUACGGGGUUGAUGCGCGAGCAGGCGAUACGGUAUUUGAAGGCAAAGUCCAACGAUGUCAACGCCGCUGCUACUGCCUUCUUCGAUGGAGAGGACAUUUCAAAAGUGGAGUCGGCGACGCAGUGGGAUGAGGGAGCCUGGGGUGCUGGCAAGGAAGGCGAACAUGGCACGGCGGGUUUACAUCCUUUGGGAUCCAGCGCGGCGGCCACGAGACCCAACUCGCCCGCUCCAUCUACCAGCGGACGGUCGUACUUGCACCCGACGUCCAAACAGCAGGAGGAUGAUGACUUUGCGCAGGCUAUGGCUAUGUCGCAGGGCAACAUUGCGGCGACGCACGUGCAGGAGACGGGGUACAUUGGCGCGAAUGGUCAGCAUUUCGGCCCGGCUACCAAAGACCACUACGAUGCUUCGCAAUGGGCCAUGAUUCCCACGGGCCAACACCAAACCACCGAGAUUGUGCUGGAUGUCGAUGCCGAGCACAGAAGACACGUGGAGGGCGAGCCGCGGCUGCUGAAGUACCUGCCUACGGGAGACUACAUGCCCAAUCUCCUUACCAUCUGUCAGGCUAUCGUUGGCGCACGGGAAACGUUGCUCAUGCGUGACUUUGUACAGCCAAACUACGGGCAGGACGAGGAGUGGUGGAGAGGGCAUGCGAUCGCGAUGCCCAAAAUCGUGCACGUGGACGAUGGGAGCGCCGCUGAGCCGGAGUCGGACAGGUACGACGAGCUGCUGGCCGAAGUGCAGCGCCUCAUGGCCUUCCUGAGCGCGAGCCACCGUACUUAUGCGAGCGUUGGUGCGCUGAUACAGACGGAUGCCAUCAAACUGGAGAGUGCCGGGGCCACUCGCUCCCAUACCCUGCUCGAGCUGUUCCUGGAGCAGUGGAGCCUCGCCGCCUCUUCCAAAUCCCCGCCGGCUGGAAGUCUGUUUAGCACGACGGUCGGCACCAACGCUCCCGAAGGCGUGAGCACGCCACAGAUGACACUGGUUGAUAUGCAAGUCAACGUCUUUUCGGAUUCGACAUCAGACCUCUUCGAGCAGCUCGACGACCUGCUGUGGGAUGCGCGCGACAGCGAUACGGCGAUGACGGACAACUACAUCGAACGUCCCGCCGAGGUAUUGGUCAUGCGCGCCUACCAGCAGAAUGCAGCUCUGAACCCCCAGCUGAGACUGGAAAUCCCCGCGCAAUUCUACGUCGACAAAUACCUCCCCGAGAACAUCGAAGCGACGCGCACCACUCGCAUCCAAAUGGCGAACGCGCGGCAACGCAUCUCCAAAAUCGAAGAGAUCGAGCGCAAACUCACGACGUGGAAGCAUCCUACGAAGAAUGAGCAGGUUGAAUCCAUGACGCUGAUUCGGCACACCUUUGGCCAUUUCUCUGGGCAGAACAAACUCGAUGUCCUCAACCCGGACCGACCUCCUGGCCCUAUCACGAACGCCGCCGAGCCUGAUGCAGAGCAUCCGCACUACCAGGAUAUCGCGCAGAAGCUGGAGAAGGUGAUUUCCAGUAUUGACGAGAAACUCUUCGCUCUCGCCGAGGAAAAGGAGAAGACGAAGAGAGCGAUUGCCGAGAUGUCGAAAGCGCCGCCAGCCGGUUUGACUCCGCAAGACCUCAAGCAUCGCUACAUCCUCCGAGGCGUAGCCACCAAACCCAAUAUCACCUACGUCCUCGCGCCCGCCGAUCCCAACGCCGCCUCUGACGAGAACGACAUGCUGCUCAACGACGACUCCACCCCACCCGAAAUGCAAUGGUGGCGAAUGGAAUACGAAGUCUCCGGCGCAAGCAGCGGCACCGCAAAUAUCACCAAAACCAAAAGCGCAGACUACGAUGUCCUUCGCGCUGUCGAACUCGAGCACAGCAGCGCCCUACUAGUCUACGCAAGCGACGCCAUGAACGGCGACCCCAGCAUCCCCUCUACACCCCUCCCCCCUCCCCUCCAAGCCUUCAUAGAUAGCGACAACGCCCUCUUCGCCGCCGAACUCCACUCCGAGCGGCGCCACCUGCAACCCACUACUCACCAGCACUACAACCCGCCCGCCUACGACUUCCCCCUCGACGAAAACGACAACCCCGCAAACCCAAGCGCCAACAACGACGCGCGCUACGGCCCCUUCAGCACCAUCGACCGCUCAUCCAUGGACUCCACCCGCGGCGUCGGAGGCGGCAGCUCCGCGCACCCGUCGCCCCCUCACUACCCCGACGACGACGAAUUCUCGCUCGAUCCCCAGGGCGCUUAUGCCCAGGGCAUCAAGCAGGGGUAUUCGCUUGAUGAGCUGGAGGGCUUGCGGGAGAGGGAGCGCGAGCGCGAGGGGGCGGAGGUGCAUGAGAUUCGACUUGGGACGCCGGAGCCGGAGGAGGAGGAUGAGGGAAUUGAUGUUGGGGAGAUGCAGGAGGAGGAGGAGAGGCAUGGUGCUGUGGAGGGGAUGGAGCAUGUUGAGUUUCGCGAGGGGGAGAAGUGA